AUGAAUUUUAUCAAAAAGUUUAUAGGGACAACCCCAACUGAUGAAGUUGCUUCGAUUCCAUCAGGAAAAUUAUUCCUAACGCGAUCAAAACAGUCACCAAAAGGGGAAAUUGAAUGUUUGUACAAUGAUGCUUAUGCUGCAAUUAAACAAACAACAACCCCCUUUUUCUAUCAGUUGUGCAUUACAAAAGUGUAUCAAGAAGGAGAACGUGAAUUUAGUAGCAAUUCCAACUAUUCUGAUGAUGAAUAUGAUGAGGACGAAGAUGAUGAAAUUGAGGCAAAUUCAUCAAUUGUUCUGCCAAAUCCUAAAUAUGAUUCAAGACACUCUUCGAAAGAUGAAUGGGUGUUUCCGAUAACUGAGGACUUGAGAUUUUUUCGCAAAGGUGUAGCAUCUGAUGGGAGUUCAAAAGCCAUUGCUUGGAAGGAUUUGAAUGGCGAUUUAGGUGAUAAAUUUGAAUUUAUUGUUGAUGAUGAUGUGAGAAAUAGUGAUUUUGAGUCGUUCAUGAUGACUAUUUAUAAAUGCUUGUAUGAACAGAAGUAUCACGAAAGUUCAAUUAAAAUCAAUGACGUCAGUUUAUUAAAGGAAUUUAUUCAUAAUCCAAAACUGGAAUUGUUGAAUUUUGAUGACUUGGAAUAUGAAGAGGAAUCUGAAACUGAUCAUAGUGAAGUCGAACCGGAUUUCAAAAAUGCUGAUCAACUGAAGGAAGAAGAGGGACAAGCAUUGUUUGUUGAUACUGAAGAUAUCAACAGCUCAAGCACAGGAACCAGUGAAAAUGAGAAACAAGUAGCUCCCAAAGGUGAAGUCGUCUAUUCAACAAAAAGAUUUGCCUUACAUUUGUACGACUCUACAACCGGUAUAUUUGUGUUGAAAAGUAGCUCGGUUGAAUUGAAGUUAAUUAAUUUGAGCAAAUGGGAACAAACAUUGUACAUUACUUCAAAUGAUGGAUUGACUAUCAAUGCAACAGUGAGUAAGAAUAUGAAUCCAACAUUCAACUAUGAACAUCUGUCUUUUAUCUUCAACCAUUAUACAUUCAAAGAUAAUGAAAUUGUCGCCAACUCGUGGUUAUUAAAAUUCCUCGAGUUUAGUGAUUUGGUUCAAUUUCAGAACAAAUUCAUUGUUGCAAUGUAUGAGACAUUAAACAAGAAGAAAUUUGGUGCAGAUAAAGGAGAAGAUGGGUACUUUGUUGAUGCAUUUUCAAACUUGGAUUUGAAUGAUAAAGAAGAGGCCGUGAGUGAGGAGGAGGACGAGGUAUCAGAAGAAGAAGAACCAGAGGUUGAUGAAUCAACAAAGAAAUUCAAUGAGGAGUUGCAAAGCUUUGCAAAAAAGGAUAAAAACACAUACUUGAGUGUUGGUUAUAAAGAUCGUGCUUAUGUAGCCCGUGGUGACAAGAUUGGAGUGUUUAGCCAGUGUGAUAAGUCAUUGAACUUCCAAACAACAAUCAACAAUGUCACAGACUUGAAAGGACACAACUUCAAUCCCCAAAAGAUGUUACUUCAUCAAGAAGAUCAAUUUUUGAUCUUGUCUAACCCUGACGUAAAUGAUAAAGCACUUUAUAAAAUGGAUCUCAAUCGAGGUAAGAUUGUCGAAGAAUGGAAAAUUUCCGAUAACGUACCGAUUAAAUCAUAUGCUCCUAGUUCCAAGUUCGCCCAAUUGACAAACCAACAGACAUUGACUGGUAUUUCUUCCAAUGGACUUUUUGAAAUUGAUCCUCGAUUGAGAGGAACCAAAUUAGUUAAUGAUCAAACUUAUAAACAAUAUAAAACCACAAACAAUCAAUUUCAGACAUUAGCUACAACUGAAAGUGGACAUAUUGCUUUGGGUUCGGGUAAAGGCGAUAUUCGAUUAUUUGAUCGAUUAGGUGUCAAUGCCAAAACAGCAUUGCCGACCUUGGGUGACCCUAUUGUUGGUAUUGACGUGUCUAAAGAUGGUAGAUGGAUCUUGGCCACUUGCAAGACAUACAUCUUGUUAAUUGAUACCAAGAUUUCAGCAGGUCAAAAAAAUGCGGGUAAAUCAGGUUUCACAGCCUAUUUCGAUAAAGAUAAGAAACCAACUCCAAGAAGGUUACAUCUCUUACCUGAACAUGAAGCUUUCAUUAACAAUGCCAAUCACAAGAAAGAAUUACAAUUUUCAAGAGCCUACUUCAAUACAGGAUUAGAUCAAAAGGAAACGACGAUCAUUUCAUCUACUGAUAAUUAUAUAAUUACAUGGUCUUUACUGAAGGUUUUGAAAAAUGAUCCGGUACCUUAUGUCGUUAAAAGAUACAAGCAAGAUGUUGUUGCUGACAACUUCAAAUACGGAUCGAAUAAUCAAUUGAUUAUGGCGUUGCAGGAUGAUGUGUCGAUGGUGAGUCGGAGAAGUUUGGUUAAUCCCAAGGAUGUGUUUCAAAAGUAG